AUGGCGCAAGCUCCGGCUCCGGCUCCAACUCCAACUCCGCCGAGCAGCCAUGACGAGGUCUACAAUCUGGACAACGACGCGGUCUUCAACGCGUGCGAGACGAGGCUACAGCAGGCCAACACGGAGAACUUCAUCGUCAGCUUCGACAGCACCGAGGCCAAGUGCGCUGUCGACGUUGGCCGCGACGCCGCCCUGGAGUGGCUGCUGCAGCCCGAGGAGCGCCCUCGCGGUCAAGCCUUGUGGAUGAACUUCUGGGCCUCGGAGUCGCAGAAGCCCAUCAUCGAGGAAGUCGCCAGGAAGUACGACCUCUCGCCCCGUCUGGCGGGCUUGCUGUGCCAGGCCAUCACCUCUCCCUCCAGCCAGGCGAAGCAGAGGGAUGCGUCCACCACCACUACAGGCAGCGACACGGCCCGUUCUUCCAGCUCUGCUCCGCGAAAGAGCCCGAGAACACAAGCAGCCGACGUCGAGAAGGGCGUGCCUCUUCAGUCCACGCCCCUGCAGCACCAACAGGCAUUCGAACCGAGAGACACUGAAGGUCUGUCGUUUCACCGAGUGGUCAGGAACCUCUGGCACUUCUGUUCCGUCGACUUUGGCCGUCGGUACAUCUACAUCGGCUUCAAUGCUUUGUACUCGGUGCCCGAGGCCAAGGAGGGUAACGCAGCGUCGCAGGAUGGUGCACUGGCCGAAGACGCCGGCAACACGACCUCCGAAGGCAAGAAAAAGGACGGCAGCAAACCAGGCGGCCAACGGAUAUGGUCGUCUCUGCUGAUCUGCGACGACGGCACCGUCGUUUCGGUGUUCGAACGCCCCCCUCCCGGUGAGCCGCAUCUCAACUCGCGACGGAACGUCCUCAACGUCUUCCACCACCUCUCCAAGCAACACAACCAAGACAGCUCGCGAGAUGCACUCAUGAAGGUCCGCGUGCGGUGGAACGAGUAUUCCAACAACAACCCGGCCACCGGCUACGAUCCGAAAGAGGCGGCGAGCCUAUUGUUCUACUACCUCUUCGACGACUGGAUUUCGACCUACAAUUUGAUUGCCCAGAUCGACCACCCCUACCGACGAAAGCUGGGAGAGAUGCAGCAACUCAUGUUCAAGGCUGCCGACGUCUCGCACGUCCAGCAGGUACAUGAAAUCGGCACCCAGCUGACCGUGCUCAAACUCAUGUACGAGAGCUAUGAAUGGAUCGUGUCGCGCCUCCUCCACAGCCAACGACUGGCCAUGGACGCCAACAGCCUCCUCCUGUCGCCCCGGGGGACGUUCCACGACCAAGACGUCAAGAUGGGCCAUCAGACUCCCGCCCCUGCCUCGCAUUUCGUGCCCUACGAGGAGGGCUUCCUGGCCGAUGACUCCCGGUCGAAUGUGAAGUUGAGCUUUUCGGCCGUGGCCCGGUUCGAGAGACUCUUGGGACGGAUUCGACUGUACGCGCUGACGGAAAUUGACGAGUGCAUCAAGCAGAAGGAGUCGCUUGUGCUGAUGAACUUCAACUUGGUCGCCUUGAAAGAGUCCCAGGCCGUGGAGCGGCUCACCAGGACCACGAUCCUGCUGGCCAAAGCGACCAUCCUGUUCCUCCCCGUCAGCCUGAUGACGGCGUACUUCUCCAUCCAGCUGCCCGAGAUCGCCGAGCGGUACACCCUCAAGACGUACUGGCUGUGUUUCCUGGUCGUCAGCAUCCUGUCCAUCCUGUUCCUGGUGGUCUUCGGUGUCACCACCCACACCCUGGAAGGCCAGACCGUCUACCGCUCCAUCACCAGCACCAUCGGGAGCACGAUUUAA